CGCUUUCAGGCACUACAGACGCUGUGAAUGUGUACUAGCCAACUAAUUAGCUACAUAGGUAGCUAGCUAGCUAGCUCGCUAGUUCUUAUUAACGACUUUAAAAAAUAAAGAAGGAAACUCAGUGCGACCAUUCGUCCAGUUACCUAACGGUGUGAUAUUUAACUUGCCAACAUAGAUUUGAAGAUGUCACUGAGGACGCUACCACUGCUUUUUAUUAAUCUUGGCGGAGAAAUGCUGUAUAUCCUGGAUCAACGCCUUCAAGCCCAGAAUAUAGCAGUCGAUAAAGCCAAGAAAGUCAUGAAUGACAUCGUCACCACCAUGUUCAACAGGAAGUUUAUGGAGGAGCUUCUGAAGCCGCAGGAGGUGUACUCCAACAAGGCCCUGAGGACGGUGUUCGAGCGCCUGGCCCACUCCUCCAUCAUGAGGCUGAAUCACGCCAGCAUGGACAAGCUCUAUGAUCUGAUGAUCAUGGCAUUCAAAUACCAAGUCCUGCUCUGCCCGCGGCCCAGAGACCUGCUGCUGGUGUCCUUCAACCACCUGGACGCAGUCAAGAACUUUGUGAAGGACGUGCCCGCCAUCUUCAACCAGGUGGAAGAGACGCAUCGGCUGCUGAUUGAGAUGUACGUGCCACUGUCAGCAGGAGAGUUCCAGUUGAUCAGACAAACGCUGCUCCUCUUCUUUCAGGACUUGCACAUCAGGGUGUCGCUUUUUCUCAAGGACAAAGUUCAGAACUCCAACGGUCGUUUCGCCCUCCCAGUUACAGGGCCCGUUCCCUACGGGGUAGAGGUUCCAGGGGUAAUCAGGAUAUUUGGCCCGCAGGGGAAGGAGGUGAAGCGGACUCAGUUUCCGCCCGUUGGAACCUACUCCAGCGCUGUCCGCGAGGGCUCCUUCGACGUGUUUGGGGACAGAGCGACAGUGCUGGGCACAAACAUGUACUGCGUGAGCCGCCCAGUUGAGACGCACCUGUUGGCCAAGUCCAAGGCCUCUUCCCAGCAUGCCAAGAAGAACGCAGCGCCCAAUCCACUGGCCAAAGAGGAGCUGAACCUGCUGUCCAGGCUGAUGGGGCGUUUGGAUGUUCAGAGCCCCGCCCACUCCGGCUUCAGGUUCCGGGUCAACCUCUUCUCCACGGACGAGGAAGAGGAGGAAGCCUUCUUGUCUAGACCUGACAACCUGUCAUACGAAGUUAUAAAUAUCCACGCAAUACAGGACCAGCAGGCCAAUGGGGAACUGGCUCGGAUCAUGGGAGAGUUCCAAGAGGAGGCGGAGCCCUCGCAGCAGCCCGGCAGUAAGGGGGAGGAGCUUCUAGCCAUGAUGGACGGGCUGUGAUGCCUUUGGCAGAGGGCUUCGCAAGGCUCUUAGCUCCAUGCAAUAAACCUCAUCUGACACACACACAGUAUGCUGUGCUCACCCUGACGUCACUUUGUGGUGCUGCCUUGUUGGCAGUUUUAUACAUAUACAGUGAGCUCCAUAAUGUUUGGGACGUCACAUUAAGACAUUUUUUCUUGAUUUGGCUCUGUACUCCGCAAUUUUAGAUUAUUCAUCAAAGUGUAUUUUAAUACGUUUUGGUUUCACCAUGUAGAAAUUGUUAUACUGUUAUACAUAGUCCCCCCAUUUCAGGGCACCAUGUUUGGGACA